UCGGUUCUCAGUAGGCGGGGCGAGGCUCGCAGCGUCAGUGGUAACCGAGACCUUGACCAAGGAGAAGGCAGGAGGCAGUGAGAGGUGGGCUAGCUCCUGCGGACGGCGGAGGUACCCCCGCAGUGAGAGGUGGAGCGCCCGGCCGGGGACGGCGGAGGUACCUCGGAGGGGCUAAUUCUGUCUUGGUGGCCGCGGAUAGAGGAAGAGGUGGAGGAGGAGGAGGACAAGGAGGUGGGGGAGGACCUCCCUCAAUCCUGCGGAGAAGAGGAGGACCUCCCUCAAUCCUGCGGAGAGGAGGAGGAGGACCUCCCUCAAUCCUGCGCAGGGAAAAUGACUGCUGGUUCAGUGUGUGUUCCUCAGAUCAUACCACUGCGAGUGCCUCAGCCUGGAAAAGCCAACCAUGAAAUUGAUAACAAUACACUUGUGGAAAUGAAAUCAGAUACCCCAGAUGUCAGCAUAUAUUAUACCUUGGAUGGCAGUAAGCCUGAAUUUCUAAAGAGAAUUGGUUAUGGUGAAAAUACUACAUUUAAGUAUACAAAGCCUAUUACUCUGCCUGAUGGAAAAAUACAAGUUAAAGCUAUUGCAGUCUCUAAAGACUGCAGACAGAGUGGCAUUGUAACAAAGAUGUUUCAGGUGGAAUAUGAACCACCAAAUGCAGCCUCUUCAGAAGACAGUGUUGAAAACAUUCUCGAAGAUUCUUCAAAGCAGGAAUUGAAAAAUGGAUUUGUUGCACCAAAACCAAGGAAGAAAUCUAAGAAUGUUGAACAUAAACCUGGUUGGAAUGUUAACCAUAGACAUCUAGACAGCCACCUGGAAAGGCCCCCUUACCGUGAAGAAUCGGUUUCUAGACCACCCAGAAAUCCGCCCCAGUACAGGAUCAAGCAGAUAGAGUUUAUUGAAAAGAGCUUGUGCACAGGGGAGUCAACCAGAAAAGAGAAGUUGAGCUUCCUGAGGUUUCUCGUGGAAUGCUCAUAUAGGAGCCAGGGGUGGGUGCAGGGUUUGGGAAUGAGGAUGAGAGACUGCAGACAGAGUGGCAUUGUAACAAAGAUGUUUCAGGUGGAAUAUGAACCACCAAAUGCAGCCUCUUCAGAAGACAGUGUUGAAAACAUUCUCGAAGAUUCUUCAAAGCAGGAAUUGAAAAAUGGAUUUGUUGCACCAAAACCAAGGAAGAAAUCUAAGAAUGUUGAACAUAAACCUGGUUGGAAUGUUAACCAUAGACAUCUAGACAGCCACCUGGAAAGGCCCCCUUACCGUGAAGAAUCGGUUUCUAGACCACCCAGAAAUCCGCCCCAGUUCCCUAGUUUUGCACACAUAACUGGCCAUCCGAGUUUGACAGCCACAGAGAUCAUGAGAAUUCAAAGGGAGACAGACUUUCUCAAGUGUGCCCAGUGCCUCGCCCUUCGCCCAUCUGAUCCCUUGGUUCGCUUCUGUCAAGAUUGUGGCUUUCCUGUUCCACCUGUAUUUGGUUGUCGUCUCUCACCCUCAGAAGGAGCUCAGUUGGGCUUGUGCGCAGAAUGUGGAAGCAUGGUGCCCAUGAACACUUCCUUCUGUGUGGUAUGUGAGGCUCCUCUUGCUCUGCAGAUGCAACCACCGGCCGGCUUCCACUUGAAGGAGAAGGUAAUCUGUCGCACCUGUGGCACAGGGAAUCAUCCUUACCUGAAAUACUGCCUCACCUGUGAGAGCACCCUGCCUUCAUCAAAGGAGUCCAUGUGCAGUGGAGAAAAAGCUGGUCCUGCGCCCACUCUGAAAGGGGAGACCAUUUCCUGCUCCAAAUGCGGUCGCCAGAACCGCCCAGGUGCUUUCUUCUGUGACUGGUGUGGAGCCACGCCUGUCAUUGCUACCUGCUUCUCUGUUUGCCUCAAAUGUGGGGCCAACAAUCACCCAUCUGCCCGAUUCUGUGGCUCCUGUGGUAUUUACCUGAAGUCCUUGGCAAAACUUAGUGUGGACAACAGCCGGGCUCUAGCUGCUGGAGAACCGGGCCCUUUUGCUGAGUCCCGAUCUGCCUGGCAGUCCCUGAAUGUUCCUUUACCCAAACAUGAUGGGACUAAGAAGAAUGUAGGUACACAGACCACUGGCCUGUUCUACCCAUCUGGCAACCUGCUAGCAAAAAAGGAACUGGAAAUGGCUUCUCAUCAGCAGAGGCAGGAGAAAAUGAGUGACCAUAAGCCUCUCCUUACAGCCGUCAGCCCAGGAAGAGGAUACUGGAGAAAACAGUUGGAUCACAUCUCUGCUCACCUCAGGGCUUAUACUCAGAACAACUCUGAAUUCCGGGCCUUGAUUGCAGAACCCAGGAUGGGAAAACUUCUUUCUGCUACUGUCCAUGAAGAUGGCUAUGAAGUUAGUAUCAGGCUGAAUUAUGUUCAAGUCUCAAACAAGAACUUUUACCUGAGUAAGGCGAUGAAUUUCAGCGACCACUUCCUGAGCACUGUCACCGAGGGUGGUCACGGGAUAUUUGGCAGCAGGUAUAGCUUGGUGAGCGACUACUGCCACAGCACCUCAGAUACCACUGAAAAAAUCAAGAGGACGAAGACUUUCAAGACCAGAACAUUUCAAGAAAGGAAGGAGCAGCUUACACCCGAAAACAGGCUCCUGCUGAAGGAAGUCGGACCGACAGGGGAAGGAAGAGUCUCUGUGAUUGAACAGUUGCUUGAUGAAGGAGCAGAUCCCAACUGCAGUGACAAUGAAGACCGACCCGUUAUUACCGUGGCUGUGAUCAAUAGGCACCAUGAAGCAAUCCCAGUCCUCGUGCAGAGAGGAGCAGACCUCGAGCGGCCGUGGGGACCGUAAGUGAGACACAAUGGAGGAGAGUUCUGGCGCCAUGCGGCAGCCAGCCAAUACCUUGAGCUCUGCUGCAGCAGGAUCAGCUACAUGCAUGCCCUGUGCAAUGUCAUCCACUUAGGCACCAUCCGCACCCAUUGUGGCCUUAGUGAGAGACUCAACCGCCCAUAUUUUCUAAAUCUGGAUAGAACGAAAUCUUCAAAAUGGACCUUUGGAUUGCCUAAAUUUUAGUAGCUUUUAUAAAGGACGGUACAUUUUGUUAAUUC